AUUCCGAACUUCCGUCUGCAUCUCAACUCUGUAUCCAAUCGGAGCACGGCGUAUCGAUUCCGAUUAGGUACACCCGUCUCCAUUCUCGGUCCCCUUGCCGGGAAGCCUAUCUCCAACGUCGAAAUGUUUAUCGCUCUGAAUAGUAGUGCAUUGAUAAGGAGGAGACGUGUGUCAAUCAUUCGUUCUGUAACUGCCUCUCAGUUAUUUACACAACGCCAUCCGCGACGCACGCUGCAAUGAGCAGUUUGGACGACAAGAUCACCUAUUUCAAUCGAAAGGCCUGCCCCACGAAGCCGGCAAUGGUCCAACCGAAGGCCAAUGAACAAAAAGUUAGGCCGCCGGUUCCGUUACGCAAGUUCAAGUUUGAACCGACGAACGCCGUGAAGAAACCGGCAAGAUGCAGCUCGAUCUGUGUGGAUUUGGAGGUGACGAGACGCGAGAUUCGCGAGAAAGUCAGGAAGAUCAACAGCCUGAUUGCCAAGGACACCGUUCGAUCCUUGGACAGAAAAAUUGUGCAGCCUUACGAUACGACCAUCAUCAAAUGGAAUGCUGGAUACAGGGAUCCCGUCAUACCAAAGACGGCGAACGUGAAACGCACCAUAUCAAAAGUGACACCACCGCAGAUUUAUAAGAGGAUAAACGAUACAAACUGCAGACAACGACACAGAAGUGAUCAGUUCUUGGAGCCCUAUUUUCAAGGCUACUCCGAUCGUCAGAGCCCUGGAAUCGAUGCACCUUCUCCGAUUCCCAAUGAAUGCAGCAGAAAUCUGUUCAAUUUACCCAAUCCGCCAUCCCGCUCACCUUCGAGAGAAUCUCUUGUGUCUUCUACGGGCGGUUCCGAUGCAGGCAGCGAAGACAGCGGCGAUACCGGGUAUGGAGCAGCGUGCGAUAUUGGAAUGGUGGAGCGUUUGAGACGCUCUCACCCGAUAUGGUUUCUGCCUGGAAUUCAAAGAGCAGGAGCGUUUCAUUUAUUGCAAGGCAAAGAGGAGGGUUGCUUCGUUGUAAGACAAUCCUCGCAAACGGACACGAUGGCCCUUUCUGUCCGUUUGCCACCUGACAAAGGUCCAUACAUCGAGCACUAUUUGAUCCAAAACUCUGAAGGCCGCCUGGGUUUGGAGACGAGCGAAAACCGCUUCGAGGAUAUUCCUGCUCUUAUCGCGCAUUACGCGAACUGCUGUGAUGAACUGCCGGUGCAGCUGGUGUUACCAAAAGCGAUACGCGAUGCGAAGAGCAGACAGAAGUUGUCAUCGUUGGCAUUAUUAGGGCAGGAAUUCUGGAGGUACAGUCCGCCCCCCUCGACUGCUUCCAGUCCAGAUGCCGAUUUAGUGCUCAAUCUGAAUCCUCUGAUGAGCACUUUCAAAACGGCGGAACCAUCGACGCCAGUAAAUAAAGACUUAAAACCGUUGAGACCGAACACGUUGAACUUGUGCAACAGAAAUGAAACGGGCAAGAGUGAACUGAAGAGUACUCCGUCUUUUAAGAAUGACGGUAAACAACCACCGCCUCCACCGCCCAGAUGGUCGAAACCUACGACUCCUCAGAACAACAUCACUGUAACAACAACGUUUACCUUUUCCGUGAAUCAAAAUAGCCCGAAGAACGAAACUGCCAGCGACAUUAUUUGCGAUCCCAAGCGCAUGUCCCCAGAAGGCCAAACAUCGACCAUGUCUUCCAAGGGAAGUUUGAGACGAGUUCAAGAACAAAUUCUCUCUCCCAGCGGUUCAGUAUUAUCCCCGAACUCGGAUCCUAACAGUCUUCUAUCACCAGACACCUUGUCACCGCUCACGAAAACAGCUCGUCAAAGUCGCCGCAAGCACAAACCAUCUAAGCACUAUCAAGAAUCCGACAUCCUAGAUUCUCCAACGGUGUACUAUAGGAGUACUGUUGGCGAUAAGGUCAGCGAUUACGAAGACGUCUGGAGCAACGAAAACAGCAGUUUCAAGUCGAAAGGCAACUUCGCUUCGCCCGAUUUACUCCAGCACGUAAUAAACAACAACAAUAAUGUGCUCAGUCCGACGGAGUCGUUCACAAACAGCAGCUGCAGCACACCCUUACCCAACAACCAAAGCCAAACGAGUCUUCAUCAAAGCACAGCUCAAAUACAGUCUCCGAUUGUUGGAGAAAUAGUUAAGACUUUAACUGCUGAAAUACAAUCAUCUCCAAAACAAGGCAGCCCGUUCUAUGCAGAACCUGCUGACGCUUUAGCUCAAGUGCCGCGACGUUUAUUCAAUAACAGAAACCCCUUGAGUCUUCAGCAACGGCACUCGAAUCCGCCAGCUCUACACUCCCAUGCCAUACUUAGUUCCACUUUGGACAGAACUGAAUCCUCGGAAAUCAACGAUAUAUCGUCUUCUGUGGAUAAUUUAAGCCCUAAACAAAGAUUGAUAAAGCGACCUGAAUUGAAACCGGUAAUGCCUCCAUCGUUGAAACCGAGACCGAACGAUUGGCAGCUCGACAACACUUGGAAAUUUUUGGGUAACGAAUGUGAUUUGAAUAUGGAUUCGAGCGAUUACGAUUCGGAUUGGGCAGCCACAAUACCGAACGUCCCAAUUACUGGACCCUUUUCACCAGGGGACUGCGAUAAUCGGCUCACCAGUAUUCACGAAAUGAUCUCAAAACGGCAAUCUACGGACGUUUCAACGACCGACGAUGACAUGUGUCGGAUGUCCGCUUAUGACAAUGUAGACGAUAAGAGGAUGAUGACAAUACCUCGAGCGCCUCCUUCAGAAAUUAGCGAGCUCACCGAGUUUUCAGAUCCCUGGAAUGAAAGCCACGGCGUCAAUGGGGAGACUGAUGAUAGUUUUUCGGAUACUUACCAUUACAAUCGGCAACAACAACAACAACAUAAUCAGACACCGCCACAACGCUUAGCGUCCAUAAACAGAUCGAAGAGUUUCAAGGACCGAUUGGAUCCCUUGCUUUCCGCGCCGAGACUGAACGCCCUUAGGAAUCAUCGCGAUGCAACGGACGCAAAGACGGUCGUCGGAACGUCCAUACGGAAUUAUGCUCUCAAUUUGGCCCAGGAUAAGAGGACAACCUUUGCUAAGAACAUCGACAACUUCAUAGCAUGUACACACGACUCCAAGGAAACCAAUCCUCAAGUAGUUAUGAGAAACAUGAGGCAGUUCAUGUCCGGAAUGAAAAACUACUUAGUUAAGCACGGCGAAAAGGGCUUCGAUACCGAGGUCGAAAAGGAGCGCACAAAGUUAAAAUCGACGGAAUUUUUAAAUUUAGAUGCUAUCCUCGAGGGAGUUCUCCAUUUAUUAGUAGUUAGCCCUCUAAAAGCACAUCUUUACAAACUAUUUAAUGAUUAUUAUACUAAAACUGGAGCUAUAACUCUCUUAUCAGAAAACAUUCAUUACGCAAGCACUAGGCCUACAUCAGAACUGGCAAUUAAGCCGAAAAUCUCUUUGCCCUCUGAAUCAGCACUGCAGAAAAUUAAGGAAUACCUUUCUAGAUUACAGUCGGCCGAUUCACCUUUAGAGAAGCUGGAAUACCUUUUAGCCGCUAUUGCCGCAAUCUUCAAUUCUGUGAAAACAACUCAAAUCUCUGGAGCAUCCGGAAGGACUGUAACAUUAGGCGCAGACGAUUUCUUGCCUCUGUUCGUUUGGGUUUUGGUUAAAACCAAGUUUGUGUCAGCUGAAAUUGAAGCUGAAUAUAUGUGGGGCUUGCUCCAUCCUUCUCUUCUAUCUGGAGAAGGCGGAUACUACCUUACCACUCUUUCAUCUGCCGUGCACGUACUUAAGAACUUCAAGGAAAGCAUCGAAGAGAACGUUAAAAACAACCCUAAAACUGAUUCUGUGUUGAAAGUUGUGGUUCCUGAUGAAUUGCACGGUUCAAUUUUAACGAAGACUUUACCGGCUAGACCUCACAUGACCACGAAGGAAGUAUGUAAGAUUAUAGCUCACAAGGCGAGGAUUACAAAUCCUCAGGACUUUGCUCUCUACCGUCUGGUCGACGGUGAAGAAACGAUGUUGGGUGAUAAUGAAUGCCCUCAGGACUUCAUGAAGGAAGGCAAACAUGUGAUGUUGGCAUACAAACGGAUCGACGCUAAGAUCGCUUGGCCAAGGCAGCAACAAUCAAACUGAUUUUGAAACUAGUCAUAUUAAUAAUAUUUUUGAUAUCAGUUUGCGUGAGGAAAUGAAAAAGAAAAAAAAAGCGUCA